UUCUUCUGUGUUGCUGGAACUUACACCUUUGUUUGGGACUGUGCUGAAGGCUAGUUUUAAGUACAAGACAACUUCUAUGAGAGCAUCAGCUAUGGCACAUUUAUAUCUUCUUGUAACAGUUCUUUCAGUUGUCAUUCCUGUAUCUUCUGCUUCCCAUAUGAAGAAUUCAAGUGUGCAUGAUUUGACUAAUUACCUUUUGACUGACUACAGCAAAGGAGUACGACCAGUGAAAAAUUGGACCCAAGCCACCACAAUUUACAUUGAUCUCUUUAUCCAUGCUGUGCUAGAUGUUGAUGGACAGAAUCAGAAGCUGACCAGCAGUAUCUGGUACAGACAGAUGUGGCGUGAUGAAUUUUUAACAUGGAAUUCCAGCCAAUUUGAUGGAAUUGGAGAAAUUUCUCUUCCUCUAAGCGUUAUAUGGGUCCCAGAUAUUGUCAUCAAUGAAUUUGUGGAAGAUGGGAAAUACCCCGAUCUGCCAUAUGUCUAUGUGAGUUCCUCAGGAACCAUAAGGAACUAUAAGCCCAUGCAAGUGGUAUCAGCAUGCAACCUGGAAACAUACGCAUUCCCAUUUGAUAUACAGAACUGCAGCCUAACCUUCAGCAGCUGCUUGCAUACAGUGAAUGACUUGAACCUCUCAAUUUGGAGAAGUUCUAAAGAAAUCAGUGAGGAUAAAAGCAUAUUUCUGAAUGAUGGUGAAUGGGAGCUUGUCUCUGUUCCUUCCAGCUAUGAAAUCCUGCACACUCAGGGUCGAAACUUUGCCCAAGUCCAAUUCAAUCUUGUUAUACGCCGACGUCCUAUGCUCUAUGUUGUUAACAUUCUUCUCCCCAGCAUUUUGCUCAUGACUGUUGAUCUUAUGAGCUUCUACCUACCUCCUAAUAGCAAGACACGUAUAAUGUUCAAGACCAGCAUCCUUGUUGGCUACACAGUGUUUCGAGUCAACAUGGUAGAUGAACUGCCAGCUACUACCCUGAUGGUGCCAUUAGUUGGUGUGUUCUUUAUAGUUUGCAUGGCUCUCAUGGUUUUGAGUCUUGGAAAAUCAAUAUUUGUGAUAAAGUUCCUUCACAUGGACAAAGAAGAUACAAGGGGAGCCCUUGUCUCUCAGUGCCUGUCGCUAACUAAAAGUAAACAUAAGGACGACUCAGAACAGAAGUCACUAAGCUCUACCACUGAAACAGAAGAGAAUCUGGAUUGUGAAGGAGAAGCAGACAGGGCAGACUUGUUCAGUUCCACAUCUGAUGACCUGAAGAUGGGGGAGAUCCUAGCAGAGGUGGCUUUAAUCCGUUCCAACAUGCUGAAAAUGGAGUCAGAAGAAACAUGGCACAACCACUGGCUCGCCCUGUGUUACAAACUAGACAGUCUUUUAUUUAAAGCUUAUCUGCUAGUAUUCACAGCCUAUGCAGCUACCCUCGGUCUGCUGUGGUGGGCAUGGAGCUCUUAUAAGGUCUAUUAAUAAGCAUAAUCAACACUUCUUUUUAAAGAAUAUGAUUUUUCAAGAUGGUAAUAUACUGUACAUGAUAUAAUGUUUCUCCAACUGUGAGUUAUAAGGAUAUUAAAAGUAACCUUCUAUUUAUUGGGCAGCAUGGGGGAUCAGUGGGUAGCCUUCUACCUUGCAGCACUGGGGUCUUGAAUUUGAUUCCAGCUAGGGAAGGAGCUAGAUGUUCUAUACAUGGGUUUUCUCUGGUUCUACUAAAACCCCAAAACAUACAUGCAGGUGAAUUGUGACCUUAGACUGUAGUUCCACUGGGACAAGGACUGAUGUGAAUAAUGUAUAAUCUCUGCAAAGUGCUUUGGAAAUAUGU